UGUCAGCUCCUGCACACUGCUUUGCAUGGCUGUGCACAGACAUUCAAAGCAGUGUGAUUACAGCGAAACACAAACACACCAGCACACAGUUAACCCUUUGAUCACACCUCAUGUUAACCCCUUCCUGCCCAGUGCCAUUAGUACAGUGCCAGUGCUUUUGUUUAGCACUGAUCACUGUAUUGGUGUCACAGGGGAUGUCAGUGACACCAAGUCAGUUCCCCCAAGUGUCAGAAUGCCCCCCGCAGUCCUACUAUAAGUUGCUGAUCACCGCCAUUACUAGUAAAAAUAAAAAUAAAAAUUCCAGUAUCAAUACCGCCAUUUAUAAAUGCUAUAACUUUCAUCUAAAUCAAUUAAUU